AUGGCUAGAGUUUAUUGGCCGUACUUUGAUCCUGAAUAUGAGAACUUGAGCUCCAGAAUCAAUCCUCCAAGUGUUUCUAUAGAUAACACUACAUGCAAAGAAUGCACUCUUGUCAAGGUUGAUAGUAUGAACAAACCAGGAAUACUACUGGAAGUUGUGCAAGUCUUAACCGAUCUUGAUCUCACAAUCAGCAAAGCAUAUAUCUCUUCUGAUGGUGGAUGGUUCAUGGACGUGUUCCAUGUCACUGAUCAGCAAGGAAACAAGGUUACUGAUAGCAAGACCGUUGAUUACAUCGAAAAGGUGUUAGGACCAAAGGGUUAUGCUUUGGCUUCACAAAACACUUGGCCAGGUAAAAGAGUGGGUGUCCAUUCAUUAGGCGACCACACAUCGAUCGAGAUUAUUGCACGUGACCGCCCUGGUCUCUUGUCGGAGAUCUCAGCCGUACUAGCAGACCUUCACUUCAACGUGGUGGCAGCUGAAGCAUGGACUCACAAACGUAGGAUCGCGUGUGUUCUCUACGUGAACGAUAACGAAACAUCUAGAGCAGUUGAUGACCCAGAGAGGUUGUCUGCUAUGGAAGAACAGCUCAACAACGUGCUUCGUGGGUGUGAACAAGAAGAUGAGAAAGUUGCUCGGACGAGUCUCUCCAUCGGGUCAACUCACGUUGACCGUAGGCUUCAUCAGAUGCUUUUCGCUGAUAAAGACUACGAGGCAGUGACCAAGCUUGAUGAUUCAGCGUCUCCUGGACUCGAGGCUAAGAUCACCGUUGAGCAUUGCGAAGAGAAAGGUUACUCAGUGAUAAGCGUGAGCUGCGAGGAUCGAGCCAAGCUCAUGUUCGACAUUGUGUGCACGCUUACUGAUAUGCAGUACAUUGUGUUUCACGCCACGAUUUCGUCGAACGGUCCUCAUGCUUCUCAGGAGUAUUUCAUCAGACACAAAGAUGGUUGCACUCUUGACUCGGUAGGAGAGAAAGAGAGAGUUGUCAAAUGUCUAGAAGCCGCAAUCCAUAGAAGAGUCAGCGAGGGUUGGAGUUUGGAGCUCUGUGCGAAGGACAGAGUUGGAUUACUGUCGGAAGUGACUAGGAUUCUGAGAGAGCACGGGCUUUCAGUGACGAGAGCUGGUGUGACAACAGUAGGAGAACAAGCGGUUAACGUUUUCUACGUGAGAGAUGCUUCAGGGAAUCCAGUGGACGUGAAGACGAUCGAGGCGUUGCGUGGAGAGAUCGGACACAGUAUGAUGAUUAACGUGAAGAACAAGGUUCCGAGCAGAAGAUGGAAAGAAGACGGUCAAGGUAGCAGCGGAGGAGGAUGGGCCAAAACCAGUUUCUUCUUUGGGAAUUUGCUAGAGAAGUUGUUGCCUUGA